CUAAACUGGGCAGAGCAGUCACUCUUUUCAAAACUUCUGACUGUAUACUUUUCAGGCCUUCUUGUGUAAGAACGCAAAAAAAGUGACAACACACUAUAUAACACAUAAUGUUGGCGACUCGAGGUGUUUUGUUACAACGUAGUUUACAACCGUCAACAGCAGCAGCAGCAAUUAGCGCUGUCUUCAGACAACGCAUUGCUGGUCAAUGUCUGAAACGAACUGCCUCCACCGUCACCACAGCCACCGACAACGCCAUUCCCUCAGGACUUCCAUUCAUGUUCUUCAAGCAAGUUCCUGAAGCACCCGUCUCUCAGUCUGUCACCGAGUACCUUUCUCAAAUGCGACCAUUUUCCGCCCCACCUGCACCUCUUCAACAAUCGAUCCACACACCACCUUCGUCCGAAACACUGAAUGAGGGCACCAUGUACAUGACGAGCAUUUUACGAAAGCGACGUUUGAAAAUGAACAAGCACAAGCACAAGAAACUGCGAAAGCGAACAAGGGCACUGAGAAAGAGAUUGGGCAAAUAAAGAUUAUAGACCUUAUGAUGUAUAUUUUAGAAAGCAAAGAAAAAAGAUGU